CCUGAUUUGAAAAUCUUGCAAACGAUGACGAAGUGUUCGCUUCAUAUUCGUUGCGUAUAAAUCACAUCACAUUAUUUAAAUCUUGUAAUUUUAUCAAGGAAAGUUUGUAAUAUAUCAGUUUUGCUAAUUGAAAAAUAAUCCAUCAAGAGACUAUCUGUGAAGUUGUUUUUUUGCUUGGUUUGUACACUGCUCCUUGAGUAAAGUAACAUCGCCGACUCAGGACAGUAAAUUAUUGUGAAACGUGACUCAGUCUACAAGUCUUCUUAAGGCCGGCUGUACAAAACUUACUGUAAAUAAUCUAAUAAGUGUUAAAACAUUGCCAUGCUUAACUGAAGACAACAAACUCGUAAGUUUUUGAACUAAUAUUUGUGCUGCUAAUUCAUUGACUGUAAACUUUGAGGUUAGAUUCUGAAGGUCAGUCUGUAUUAUCAAAAGCAAUGGAUGACUCAAAACGACUUGUUUAUUCCAUUGUAAAAUUUCUUCGCUCGCAAGUAGAAAGCGGCGAAUUGCCUUCUGAUGGAUGUGAAGGUAUUGAGGUUUCCAUACAGUGUUUGGAGAGUGCCUAUAACAUCAGUUCAGACGACAAACAGCUAGAUGUUCCUCUACCGUUGCAGACCAUUUUCACAAACUAUCUCAAGGAGACAGACCAAACUCUACCGGAGGCACAUCCGCUUUCUGAAGAGGAUAAAAUACUAGCUGAGGAAAUGAAGGUCGAAGGGAAUAACUUGAUGAGCAGUGAGAAUUUCAAAGCGGCUAUUGAAUACUACAACAAAGCAAUCGCAAUUGAUAGUAGGAAUGCUGUGUAUUAUUGCAAUCGAGCAGCAGCGUAUACUAAGCUCAACGAUCAUGAAUCUGCUAUUCAGGACUGCAAAAAUGCGUUGAAGAUUGAUCCUCAGUACAGCAAGGCGUACGGUCGUUUGGGACUUGCAUAUUCUAUGCUGAACAGGCAUCAAGAGGCUUAUGAUAGUUAUAAGAGAGCAUUGGAACUGGAACCAGAUAACGAAGGCUACCACAGUAACUUACAGCUGAGUGCAGCCAAGAUCUCGACGACGACUUCGGAAACUAGAAGACCUCCAAUGGACUUUGGCAUGCUGUUUAGCAAUCCGGAACUGGUGAACAUGGCCACUCAGAUGCUGUCAAACCCCUCGAUGCAGUCUCUCAUGAACAACGUCAUGUCUGGAGGCUUGGCGCAGAACCCGAAUAAUAUGGAGUCGCUGAUGCAGGUUACUCAACAGCUCGCCCAGCAGUUACAGACUGAAAAUCCGACCCUUGUUGAAGAACUGAAGCGGAAAUUCAACGGACCCAACUCCCAGCAGCCACCUGAUGGCGAUGCCACAUCGUAAGAAAUCUUCGAUCCCAGGUACAACUAAUUCAAGAAAUUUCCUUCCUCCAUUAUUAUAUGUAAAUCAAAUUAUUUUGUCUAUGGAAAUGAAUACCCAAUACUUUUCCAUUUGGAAAUACCUAAUCUUCUUAAAUCAAGAAAAUUCUUUCUUUAAAUGAUAUUUGAAUAACAUUAGUUUGUCUUGUGUUUUUUGAAAAUGAAUAUCCAAUUUUCUACUCCACAUGUAAGAAAUUUCCUUCCUCAAAUAAUAUUUAAAUAGCAUUAGUUUGUCUUGGUUUUGGAAAUGAAUAUCCAAUUUUUCACUCCACAUAUUCAACUUUUUUAUAAUAUGUCAACAAAAGUACACCUUGUUUGUGGGUAAUGAGUGUAAUUGGUUAUUUUUCAGAUGUAGCAAACACCACUUGAGUUAUUUUUAAAUCAACUUUACAUAUUAUUUCUUCUGAAAACCAUUCAAGAGUAGGCUAUUACUUGAUACUACUCUUAAUAGCUGUCAUGUUAAUCAACUGUCAGUUGAUUAACUUAAUCAGCUGUCAGUUACUAUAUUACUUGUUACUUAUUACACUAUAGUAGGAUAGACAACGGAGUGCUCAUUCAUCUUCUAUGUAAUAAGAGAGAGUAGGGUUGUGUUUGUUCGCAUCAAAACACGUCAACUUGUGGAUUGCAUACCGGGAAAACGGGAAUGAUUUAGAUCUCCAAAUUUUGUUCAGAUUAUAAAAAUAUCAAACUCGUGCACCUCGAAGCACAAAUUUCAAUUUUCCUUCUAGAUUUUUCAGAAUAAAUGUUCAAAUUUCAUUCAUGGGAUAUUACAAUUGAAAUGUACAAAGCAUAGGUUAAUAUAGAACUAUAAUCUAGAGAGACUAGUUAUUCAAAAGAGAACAGUGACAAAUCAAUGUAGAAUUAUUCCUACAAUUCACAUUAUAUGGAAAAAUAAAGUUCGAAUCUGGAGUUUUGUAUGCCAUAAGUUAAAAGACUAAACAGUAGAUCAGAGUUUUUCUUGAUGAUAUAUGUUAUAUUCUAUGCAUACAGAGGAUAAAAUACUAGCUGAGGAAAUGAAGGUUGAAGGGAAUAACUUGAUGAGCAGUGUGAAUUUCAAAGCGGCUAUUGAAUACUACAACAAAGCAGAAGAUUGUUAGGAUUGUUACAUACAUGCAGGAAUCACUUUCGAUUUAUGUACAAACUCAUUCUGAAACUGCUUGCCAAUUCAAUAAGGAACAUUUCCAAGUCAGUUGAAUUCGGAAAGAGAAAUAGUUUAUUUUUUUAAUUUUAUGUUUGCAGUGAUAGAAGUGACAACUUCAACAAGCUUUUCUUCUAAUGAUCGAAUUCAUAGAAUGUGUACAACAGUAUCUGUGAUUGUACUACUUCCCCACCCGCUUCAAGCUGGUUUCAAUGUUCAAUAGGGUAUUAGCUGUCGGGGAGCUUAGUUGUCGGGUACGAUCACGACAACCAGACCCCUCAUAGGCCUAUCCAGCAGGGGAUUUACUGUCGGUGAGACUAGUUGACGGCAAUGGUAUAUUUUGCCAGGGGAUUUACUGACGCCUGUGUUCAAAAUAGUGAGGAGACAAGUUGUCGGGGAGACAGGUUGGCGGCGACCCCCUACAGUUGGUGGUGAUUCCCCAAGAACAUGGGAAGCCGUUUGACGAAUCUGAAUCAUACUUGAGACCAACCGAUGAGGAGGCAUUAUCAUUGUUUUAUCACCCCCAAAGCAGGAUGAAGAAAUGUCUUGGAGUAGUUAUUUUCAAAACACUAUGAAGCAUGGCUCUCAUUCGAAUUUAUGGAUUUUACUUUUCUCAUUCUAACGCAGUAUUUUGAGUAGCAAAAAAAUAAAAAAGAUACACUAUUUAUUCCGUUUUUGUAGGCAAAUUAGUUGAAUAUAUUUUCGAAAGAAAUUCAUAGCUUUCUAUCUCAUCAUCAAAGAAUACAAUCUUCUGUAAAGUAAUCGCACAUGAAUAGAAAGAUACUUAACGUCAAUUUAAUCAUUUUGGGUAAUCAAAAAGUUGAACACUAAAUUUGAAAUUUAGAAAAUAUUAGUAGAAUAUCAAUGUGUCAUUGAUAUGACUAAUAUUAUUAUCGACGGACUAAAAUAAGCAUAAGCAUAUUCCUGUAUAGUUCAUAAUGCUGUUCAGUGUUGCAUUAAAAAUAUGAUAGUCAAGUUACUCUCAAAUACCGUCUUCAUUAAGCUAGAUUAGUAAUUGUGUAUAACUCUGCAAUUACUAAUAAAUUAUAUAAUACAAGCUAAGAUUUGGACAGACGUACAAACUUAAUUUAUCUUGGCACAUUUCUCAGAGAAGAAAAACGGCUACUCAAUCCUCAGUCGUAACACAGCAGAUCUAUGUUAUGAAUAAUUUGAUCUAUGAAUAGACGCAAUAACUGCACUCUGAGGCGAACUACUUGCGUUAGAAAACUUUACUUUUUGUAGCUGAAAAACAGGAACGUUUUCCCAUCAUUAUUGAAUAUAAUAUGUGCAAUAUAUAUCAAAUUUAAUAAAUAUUUUAACAAGAUAAUAUUAUAAUUAUUUUUGUAGGCUACGGGCAUAGAGAUACAAUAGCGUAAGUAGAUAUCCCAUGGUAUAGGGCGUUUAUGUCGCAACUUUUACUGUUAUCUCAAGCCGAUUACUGUCGAUUGUUUUUGAUUUUUACUACUUUUGACCGGGUAAGAGUGUAUGAAAGGCACAUUAUGAGAGACUACCAGCGUCAUAAAGCUUCACGGGAAAGAACUACGUGGACUAUAGGCUUGAGAUAACAGUAAAAGUUGCGACAUAAACGCCAUAUACCAUGGGAUAUCUACUUAUGCUAUUGUUUCUCUAUGCUACAGGUAAUAGAGUAAUUUGAGGUUAUUGAAAGACUUGAGAUCUAUUAAAAAGUUUCCCAAGUGUAAUAUUAGCUAUAUUCUCGAUAGUAGUCUAAUAAUAAUAACUAGUAGUAACAAUUUAAUGUCUCCUCUAAAACUUCAUUUUUAGAUACUUGAUUUGAAAUCGGGUUUGAAAUGUUGUGUAUUCUAUCAAGUUGAAUCAAUUAUUUCAUUGGCAAUAAAGAAGCAGAAGAACUCUAGAAAUUCAACCAUUCAGAUUGACGUAGCUGCUCGUAUUUUUGAAUUGUUUGUACAGGUGUUGCAAGCUCUCUAGGCAAUUUAUUCAUUCAAAAUGAAUCAUGUAAAAAAUUGUUGAUUUACAUAAUACCGGUGCGUGCACUAUCAAAAACUGAUAACUAAACUCGAAACAUGAUUAACUAGAAAAAUCUUCUGAUCUUAAAUUUUCAUUUCAGUCAUUCUCAAUAUUCAUGGGUUAAAAUUACACUCUAGAAUAAAAUUCUCGCAUUUUCAAAACUUUCCACUACCAGAUUAUUUCUUUUUAAUUAUAGGCUUAUAAAUAAUAAGACUUGAUUAAUAAGAAUGUUCCCUAUGAUAGAUGUUUUUAUUCCAUUUGCACUUUAAAUUGCAUUUUUAAAUUUUCUCUUGAAUUUUUUCCAAGUCUAACAUAGCUUACCCUCGAACUUAUUUAUUGAGCUAUUAAAAAUCCAACUUCAAAAUAUUUCAUUUUGAAGCACCAGUUUCGUAGGAUGUUGCAUUUAUAGUCUCAUUUAAAAUUGCAUUUAUUUUUGGUGAACAACCUAACUGCUCUUCUGUGUUGUAGUGGUGGUGGUGUUGCGGUUAUCCUAUUAAAUUAAUAUAAAAUUUUCAUCUUUCUUUAUACCAAAGGAAAACUAGAUCAAUAUAAACAUUAUUAUUCUAUUAAUGUAUUCCAAUAUUCUCCUCUAAUUGGAUAUUCAUUUCCUGUUAUUUUUUAAAUGUAAAGCCAAGAUUCGGUUACUUCAAGAUUGAAGCCCAAAUUUGAAUUAUCUGUUUUCAAACUAUUGAAAUGCUUCAAAGAUAAAGUGGGUCUUUGUUAAUUGUCUAUAUUUUCUUUUUUUUUGUUAUUAUAUUAUUAUGGUGUUGUGUCUUUAUUAGUUUCAAUUUUCAUUCUUUUCCAAUGAUGUCUCCAAUAUCAAUAAAAUUGAUAAAUAAUGAAUAUUAUAAAAUUUCCCAAAUGUUACACUUGUUUUCCCCCUCAUCAAUUGUGUCCAAUAUAAUAAAUAUUCUGCCUAUUAUUUAUUAGACUGUGUAUAGAAUAAUAUUGAAUUACAUUAUAUUAUAUAUUACUAAGAUUUAUUGGAAGCAAUGGUUGGUUUAUCCAUAGCGCUUUGUAUAGGCUAUAAUCAUAGGAUUUGAAUAAACUGUUUAUGUGAGAAA